AUGUCAGCUCAAGAAUUUGCAAACAACUGUAACAACACAGACCUACCACCAAAAGGGACAGCACUGACUACCGUCAUGUCAGAACAAAAUGAAAAGGAACAAUCUUCGAGUAAAACACGUGGAGGAAGAAAAGCAAAAGGAAAGAAAACGGAAAUUAAUAUAGAAGUUAGACAAGAAGAUAGUGGAGGUAGGAAAGAAGAUGGAGAUAGAAGAAAUGAUGAAGGAGGAGAAGAAACAAACGAAUUAGAAGAGAAAGAAGAUGGCGGAAAUAGAAUGGAAGGAGUAGAAAUGGAAGAUGACAGACUUAGAGAUGGAAAUUUACGAGAAGAUAGACAAGGUCUUGGUCAAUUCGAACAUUUGAUAAAUGAUAAUCAACGAGGAUUAGUAACAGGUUUAGUCUUUUCCGAAAUAAUCCAACAUAUCCAAAAAAAAGAAAAAAAAGUGAUCGAGGUCAUGAGUCUUAGUUAUAAAGCAGAAAGACUGAUCAUACCUAGAAUUAGUUUAAGACGUGAUAAAGGAAACCUAACAGAGGUUGACCUGAAAAGAUAA